AUGAUGACUCUGGUGACGACUCGUCGGCCGGUACAACUUAUUAGCAUGAGCAACCAGGCGGGGCGGCGGACGAGCAAGCGUCUCGCCAGUAUAUUGCACAAUGAGGACGCGCAGCGGGGACGAAGCGCUAACCGCCGAACAGCUGUGGCCGACUAUGAACAGGAUGACGACUUUCAGUUUGUGCGGAAGUCGAAGAGGGUUAAGACGGAGAAGGCAGACGAGCCAGAGCCCGUGAAGAAGUCGGGGCGGGGGCGAGGGCGACCAGCCGCAAAGGCACGCGCUACCAAGGAUUCAGCACCAGCCAGUAGCGUGGUCGAGGAAGUGGCAGCGACGGCAACGGCGACGGAAACAGCGAAAACCAAGCCUACGAGGAAAUCCACGAGGCGGAAAGCCAGCGUGGACGCGUCCAACGAGAAGCCGCCACUCAAGAUCCCUCAGAGAGGAACCAGGGGGAGAGCACGAGUUUCAGAGGAAAAGCUGGACGAGGAGGUACCACAGACAAAUGACGCACCGAAGAAACGCGGCCACGAUGCAGAACCACCGAAACGCGCGGUACCAAACUGGGACGAGUUACCACAGCGUGAGGCACCGAUUGCAGCGGCCAAGAUCGCGCUCCCGAUGAGCGACACGCCAGUCAUCAACCGGAACAAGGCGAUGCGAAAGAAGGGCAACGGAAACCGGCAGAGCAGUUUGGGAAUGCGUGGGCGACGAGCGAGCUCCCUCAUCGACAGCGGCCAAACGGCAAUUCCGCAUCAGGAGGUCGACCCGGCUAGUUUCUACAAGCACAUCGAGGCUGAUGGCCUGACAGAGCUGCGAAGAAUGAAGCAGCUUUUAACUUGGUGCGGCGAACGUGCUCUGACUGAGAAGCCGCCUCAUGGGGCGCCUAAUGCCAUUAUUGGUGCUCGCGCGGUUCAGGACCAACUACUCAAGGAUUUCGCAGCCCGAUCCGAGUUCUCGGAUUGGUUCAGCAGAGACGAUGAUGUGCCCAAGGCGCCUGUGGUCCUAAUGCCCAACCCCAGGAACAUUGAGCUUGAUGAGAAGAUUGCACAACUGGAGAUCAAGGUUAAGAGAUUACAAGAAGAAAAGAAGGCUUGGCAAGCGAUUCGGAAACCACCCCCUGAGCAACCGCCUCUCUUCGCCGAGAACGAAACAGACCCCAUUGUCUUGCCAGACUUUGAUCUCCUGGAUCCGGAAGAAGGCAAGAUUAGGGGCUACUUGGCGGACGAGGCGGUCUCAUUCGAGGCUAUUCGAUCGCAAACCGAAUCGCGAUUGCGUGCCAUCCAGUCCUCUCUCGAAUUCCACAUUGACCAGCUCUCCGACAACGUCCACAAGCUCGAGCAACGGGUUCUGGUCGCCGGCAAAGAGGCAGAAAAGGUCCUCAGCUUCAGCGCCCUCCGCCUCCGCCAGCGGAAAGAGCGCGAGAAGACGAGGGCGGGCACCAAGGAAAUGCCCGUCAUGGAAGUGCUGAGAAGUCUGGGCAACAUCCUCCCAGAAGGUCAUCCAAGGGUAGCUACCGAUGUCAUGAUGUCUGGUAACCCAAAGUUGCCGAAGCCGUUAUGUUCGGUGAGCUAA